AAUACCCUGUGCUGUGCUGCCUGUAUUCACCCUCAGCACACAUCAGAAGUUUAAAGCUUCUCUACAGGAUCAGCCAUGAUGAGCCUUAAGAUUGUUCUCUGUCUGGCUGUGUUGGCUACAGGGCUGCUGCUUACUGAAUGCUCCUGGGGCAAUGGACAAACUUCUUAUAAUUAUGACCUAUCCAAGAUGUCUGACCUACGGAAACUGUACAACUCUAAGGUAUAUGUGGCUGACCGAAUGACCAGACCUCUGGAAGGCAUGUCUUUCCAAGCAGGCAAGAUCAGUCACUCUGGAGUAAGAGUGACGCUGGAAGAUGGCACCAAGUGGCUGGUGCACAAAGGAAAUGGCUAUGGUAUCUCAUCCCAGACGGUGGUUGUGCAUGCUCGUCACAUGGGCUCCAACUGGAAGAUCAUUGAGACCAAAAACUUUGGUGGGAGUAAGACAGUGUCCGACUUUGUGAAAGCUGGAGGAACGGACUACAGUCUCAUCUUCGAUAACUGCCAUGAUGCCUCAGGAAGAAUGAUGGAUGGCUAAGAUUCGGACCUUUAUGCUGAAAUUUUUGUUGCACUUUCUGCUGUUGCUUUAUCGUUGUACUAAUCUUUAUUUUAUUUUAAUUCAUUGAGCACAAAAGAAUCAACAUUCCAAAAACAAUGAAACACAUGCAUGCAAUAUGAAAUAAAAGACUGGUCUGUUUGGACAGUGUAUAUCUGUAUAUGGUGUGAAUGUAUUAAAAAUGUAAUACAUCUUAUUAGCAUUUGCGCAGUCAAUAAACAACAUGACAUGAUUAA